CGCAAGUCGUAAUCGCGUAUUCCAGACUGCAUGCUGCAUCACUGCAAGUGCCACACUCUUUAUUUUGUUCCACUAUUCCAGUAAUUCAAUUUUGAUUAUUGAGAACCAAGAAGGAGCUUAGUCUAGUCAGUUCAGGUUUACAUUGGCGUAAUUGCCUGUGUGACGUUUAGAUGAUACGGACAUUUUUCAGAGCCAUGGCUUCGGAAGUGACAAGCAUACACUCUCAUCAAAUAGCAGAGGUUCACAAAGUACCUAUGCGGGUCAUAAUCCGACCAUUUCCUCCUGAAGUGGAUGAAGAAAAAGUGAAAAGUAUAAUGCACACUUUGGAGGUUAACUAGCAAGCACUCACCACAGUAAACAAUGGCAACUGUGUGAUACCAACACUACUGAUAUUCUCUCCU